AAAGAUAACAGUUGGAUUCGGCCGAAUAGUGGAGUACAUGACGUCACGUGAACUUGGGAAGGCUUCUGUUUGUCAAUCGACAUUCCGCCUACUCCUGUAGCUAUCCCCGCGUUCACAGGAUUCUGAACACACACAAUUUGGUUCACUUGAAGAGAACACACCGAUAUGCUGUAGUUCGAGAUACGGUGAAAGGGCAGCACCCUGUCCCUGGAUUACAGAUAUCAGACGACGUUUUUGCACAAAAGGAACAGGUUACCCGAAAAAUCGGAUUUAAAACGUGUUGAGGACUUUCACGCGUAUAUUUAGAUUUACAGCGCAAAGAAACAAUGCUGCUAUUACGCUGGGAAACGCAAGUCAAUAGCAAGUGAAUCGUCGGUCAGACGAGACUCCAGCUCCGCAGUGAGAAGGAAAAGACGAGCCGUUGACAUGGAGGGCGGGAACGAGGUGGAUCUGUCCAACAAUAACAUCACUCCGCUGUGGAAGCGUCGUUCGGCCAACCACACCGGCCCCCGGGACCCUAGCAAAGCCCGGCCCCUCAGUUACCAGAUUGAAGGACUCUGCGUGAAGGAUUUCCCCAUGAAGGACAACAAGAGCAGCUUCACAAUAAGCCAGCCGGCCGAACGACUGGUGGCCACGCCGACAGCAGGGACUGCCACUGUGAAGCAUGUUCUCAACAAACCCCCCAGGAAGGCCAGGGUGGUCAGGAGUAUAAGUAUCGGACCUUUCUCCAACGGACGUUUCUCCCUGUCCAGGUUCAAGACUGAGUCGGAUAAGCCGGCGUCCCUGGACAAUAAGGCGUAUCAGGGAGGGAGUGUUGAUAAAAUAGUCAACGUGGAGAUUGCGUGGUCGGACAAGCUGAAGCGCCUCUCCAGCCCGUUCACCCUCGCCACGCACCGGGACCAGAUCGUCUUCGGGACAAGCCCCUCGCCGACCGACCGCCACCACCUCAAGCACUCAUCGCCCCCGGUCACCCCCAAUAACAACAGCCAUUACCACAACCAUAACCAGGCCUCACUUUCCGCCUACCGUACCCCAGACCCGCGCCCCUCUCCCCCUGGGCUCCGGACCCCCACCCCGUCACACAGCUCAACCUCCAGCAUCCACUCGCUGUCCUCCCUCGCCUCCACCCACAGCAGCCCUUCCGACCCCCCCACGCCCCGCACCCCCUCCCCGGCUGGCAAGUCGGCGCCGUCUCCGCCCCCCACCCACUCCGUGUCGCCCUCCAUCUCUCCCCCGCCCUCCGUCGUCCUCAGCACCCACAGUGCUGCUGCCCGGAAGAUCGGCACCCAGCAGCUGAUCCCGAAGGGUCUGGCGUCCCUAAGCAAGGCCCCUCCUGGCGGGCCACAGAGCCAGGGCCUGGGAGGUCUGCUGGGCCUGGAUACAGCCAAGCGCACCCCGCGAGCGCUCAGCAUGGUGGAGAGUGGGACGUUCUUCUCCACGGGCGGCGGGACCGAGAAGGACGAGGAUGGUGAGGACGUAGGGGCUCUUAAGAGGGGGUUGAGGUCAACGUCAUACCGGAAGGCCGUGGUGAGCGGGGUCGAUCUGGAGUCGCCGUCCGAAGACCCCAAGGCUCAUCGGCUCUCUCAUCCCGCGUUCAAAGGACCACAGGAGGACAGGGAGAAACCCACCAGUCCUGUGAAGAUGAUCAAGAGUCCUGAUAAAAAGAAAGGACUGAUCACCCAGAGGACGUUUGACAGCGAAGAGGAGGAGCUGUACCAGAACUACCAGGAGAAGGCCCUCCACAAUGACUCUGACGAGGACUCUGAAUCCAGGGAGCCCAAACCGGACGAGCGCAUCGUGGUACAGUACAGACCUAUACGGACCUCGUGGAGCCAACUCAGUGUGGUGAAGAAAAGUGGACUUUAUGAUAAGCUGAGCCAGGAGGAGCGGAAGAGACAAGAGGCCAUAUUUGAGUUGAUCUCGUCAGAGCACUCUUACCUCCACAGUCUGGAGAUUCUGAUCCGGAUGUUUAAGAACUCCUCAGAUCUCAGCGAUACCAUGACCAAAACCGAACACCACCACCUCUUCUCCAACAUCACAGACGUGUGCGAGGCCAGCAAGAAGUUCUUUAAAGAGUUAGAGGACAAGCACCAGCGGAACAUCGUUAUAGACGACAUCAGCGAUAUAGUGUUCAGACACGCGCAGUCCAACUUUGACCCCUACAUCACCUACUGCUCCAAUGAGGUCUACCAACAGAGGACUCUGCAGAGGCUAGUCAGUAGUAAGAGUUCAGCGUUCAAGGAGGUGCUGAUCCGUAUCGAGGCCCACCCAGACUGCCGGAACCUCCCGAUGAUUUCCUUCCUGAUCCUGCCCAUGCAGAGAGUCACACGUCUGCCACUGCUUAUGGACGCCAUCUGCCAGAAGGCGCCAAAAGACUCAGCCCAGUACGACGCUUGCAAGAGGGCCCUCCAAUCCAUCAGCAAGGUGGUGCGGAAAUGCAAUGAAGGAGCUCGUACCAUGGAGAGGACGGAGAUGAUGUACACCAUCAAUUCCCAACUGGAGUUUAAGAUCAAGCCCUUCCCCUUGGUGUCAUCCUCAAGGUGGAUGGUGAAGAGGGGGGAGCUCACAGCCUUCACGGAGGAGAAUGGAAUCUUCUCCAAGAGGACAUCACGACAACACGUCUACUUCUUCCUCUUCAACGAUGUCCUCAUCCUCACCAAGAAGAAGAGUGAGGACAGCUAUGCGGUGAUAGACUACGCCCUCAGGGACCAGAUCUGGGUGGGGUCGUGCCAGGCCGAGGACCUCAACCUAUCCCCCAUCAGGAGCACCGCUGGAAUGCUGACGUCACGACAGGGUGGGGCCAGCCACCUGUUUCGCCUGCGCUUCCGUAGCAACCACUCGGGACACAAUGUGCCCAUGGUCCUGGGGGUGGAGCUAAUGAACGAGCGUGCUCGCUGGAUUAGUGCCCUGGAUCAGAGCAGCAGUGACAAGAAGAACCAGGACCGAAUCAAUGCCAUGCAGGUGGAGGUGACGAGGACGUACACAGCCAAGCAGCCUGACGAAUUGUCACUGCAAGUGGCCGACGUGGUCCUUGUGUCACAGACUGUGGAAGAUGGCUGGUAUGAGGGCGAGCGCCUGCGUGAUGGCGAGAGGGGUUGGUUCUUGUCGGAAUGUGCCCAACCAAUCACUUGCCAGGCCACCAUUGAGCGCAACGUGCAGAGGAUGGACCGCCUCCAGGGGCUGGAGACCAAUGUGUGAGCUUGAAGGGCGGGCUCUGCCCAUUAGAAUGGAGCAAACUUCAUGCCGGCUUUUGCCGAAUGUGUGAGGGGACUUCAAGUUAAUAAACAUUGAUGGUCUUCCUCGGCCAUUUCCACCACCAACUGAAUGCACCAGUGAGCUGCCUUUCGACCACUGAAAGAAAUCUCUGAACUGAUAAAUAUAUGGUUAUGCGACAACUGAAUGCAUUAAUUAAAAAUGUUGAGUUGAACGUAGACUUGGAUAGAUGUUGUAUUUCUUUGUCUUUUGCUGUCUGUGAGAGCAUGCGCAUAGCCAUUGAGGUAAUCACUAUUUUGAAGUACAGUAUCUUCCACUACUUAAACACAUUUGUAAUCUAACUGAAUGAGUGCACACUGCCACCUAGAGGUUGUUGUUUGAACAUGUUUAAAAUCAAGGCAAGCCACUUACUGCACCCUGUGAUUAUGGAAUGCUUGUUCACAAGUAUAAUUCAUUGUCUGACACUUCCUGAUGACCCACAUGGAAUCCUGGGGUCCUUCUCACCCCGUAUUAGACCGCACCGUUGAGCACUUUAAAAUAACUGAAGCCCUUAAUGGCACAGUACACGUUAAGUCCUUGUCGCCAGUUUAGAGGCCUCUUUUACUAUUCCCUACUAGAGGUCCCUAUCCACUUUUGUGGGGUGUAGACCUCAACGAUAGCUGUGGCAUUUAGGUCAACAUCAACAAAUUCAUUUUUUGGCAGUGUUUUCUUCUUAAAGAUGCCCUACAGACUUUCUGCCCUCUGACAACUUAUCUGAUUAAAUGUUUGAUGAAAUGUUUGGAGUUAUAAUGUUUGGAGGUAUAUUUUGUAUUGUGUGCCAGGCUGUGGUGUUGUGAAGUGACAGUCAGGUAUUGUUCAGACGGUGACCUGGCUUGCAGGCCAUUUGUUUUGGUGGUCAGGCCAUUGUCACGAGAUGGCUGGCUAAGAGGCUCACGGUGAAGACGCAACUUACAUAGAAGCAUUUCUCAAGUCUUAUAUGUACAUAUGUAUGGGGUCUGUAGGCCUUUUUUAAUGCGACAAUGUUCCAAAGAACACAAAUGAACUGACUGUUUUGAGACUUCCUUUAGUGGUGUGUUAUUGGCUGCUGAACAAGCUGAAUGUAAGGAGCCAAAAUGGUAGAGUGACUGGAUAGUUUCUGGUUAGGUUACGGUGCAUGGAGGUUAAAUGUAAGACCCAACAUGGCAGAUGAAAUGCUAUGAUGGUGUUUGCCUACAAAGACAGGAAAAAGCUCUACCCCAAUCCCUCAUUUUACACCGUUGACUGAAUAAACUGAUAAUGGCCAUUUUCCACACAGACCACUUAUUACAGAUUUUGUGCAUUACAAUAAUGCCUGUUCUAGAGAAAUUAAGCUUUUUUUAUGUUUGCUAUGAUUGAUUGUACAUAGGACAAUUGAUGGCUACAGCCAUAGAAUAUUAUUUUUAAGGGUAGAUUUUUUUUUCUAUUUCUCACUAUCGCCUCAGUUCAGGCAAUUUAUCACAACACGG